UAGCUGCUUGAUAUUUCAGAAUGCCACUGGUAAAAAGAAACAUAGACCCUAGAUAUCUUUGUCAUACAGCUCUGCCACGAGGCAUCAAGAAUGAAUUGGAAUGUGUUACUAAUAUUUCCUUGGCAAAUAUAAUAAGACAAUUAAGCAGUCUAAGUAAAUAUGCAGAAGAUAUCUUUGGAGAACUUUUCAACGAGGCACAUAGUUUUUCUUUCCGAGUGAAUUCCUUACAAGAACGUGUGGAUCGUUUAUCUGUCAGUGUUACACAACUUGAUCCAAAGGAAGAAGAGCUUUCACUGCAAGAUAUAACAAUGAGAAAAGCUUUCCGAAGUUCCACAACUCAAGAUCAACAGCUCUUUGACCGCAAGAGUCUUCCAAUCCCUUUGCAGGAGACUUACAAUACAUGUGAACAGCCACCACCACUCAACAUCCUUACCCCUUACAGAGAUGAUGGAAAAGAGGGUUUAAAAUUUUACACGAAUCCUUCAUAUUUCUUUGAUCUAUGGAAAGAAAAGAUGUUACAAGAUACAGAAGAUAAAAGAAAGGAAAAGAGAAAACAGAAGCAGAAGAAUCUCGAUCGUCCUCAUGAACCAGAAAAAGUGCCACGGGCUCCUCACGACAGGCGCAGAGAAUGGCAGAAGUUAGCCCAGGGAGCAGAACUCGCGGACGAUGAUGCCAGCCUUUUACAUAAGCAUAUUGAAAUUGCUAAUGGCCCUGCCUCACAUUUUGAGACCAGACCGCAGGCAUAUGUGGAACACAUGGAUGGACCCUAUUCUCUUUCUGCAUUACCAUACAGCCAAAUGAAUGAACUUCUUAACAGGGCAGAAGAGCGUGUUUUAGUAAGACCACAUGAACCUCCCCCACCCCCACCAAUGCAUGGAGGAGGAGAUAUGAAACCCAUUCCACCCUGUGUUAGCUCUACUGCAGCUUUGACAGAAAAUCGCCCUCAGUCACCUGCUGCUGGCAGAACUCAAGUCUUUGUGAGUCCCACUCCUCCCCCGCCUCCUCCCCCCCUUCCAUCUGCUCUAUCUACUUCUUCAUUAAGAUCGGCAAUGACUUCCACACCUCCCCCUCCAGUGCCACCUCCUCCCCCUCCUCCCACCACUGCUUUACAACCUCCAGCUGUCCCUCCACCCCCUGCACCCCUACAGAUUGCUCCCGGAGUUCUUCAUCCAGCUCCACCUCCCAUAGCCCCUCCCUUAGCGCAACCCUCUCCUCCCAUCACUAGAAUUGCCCAAGUCUGUGAGCCUGUUCCAGUUCCGCCAAGUGAAAUGCAAGGACUCCCUCCGCCACCGCCUCCUCCUCCACUGCCCCCUCCUGGUAUUCGUCCCUCGUCACCAGUUUCAACUCUUUCUCACCCGCCCAGCUCUACUGUCCCAGGCCCUCACCUUCCCAUAUUGCCUCCAUCCCCACCAUCCCAAGUCACUCCUGUUCCUGAACCCAAACGGCACCCAUCAACACUACCCGUCAUCAGUGAUGCCAGAAGUGUCCUCCUUGAAGCAAUACGAAAAGGUAUUCAGUUGCGUAAGGUUGAAGAGCAACGUGAACAAGAAGCUAAACACGAGCGUGUCGAAAAUGAUGUCGCCACCAUAUUGUCUCGCCGCAUUGCUGUGGAAUACAGUGAUUCAGAAGAUGAUUCAGAAUUUGAUGAAGUUGACUGGUUGGAGUAAAAUGAUUAUAUGCUACAAAACUGAAUGCUAGUGUCCA